AGCUCCCUGGUGGCCGCCCUGCUCCUGGCCCCCCUCCCUGCUCUCCUCUGCCGGCUCCCGCAGCCUCCUUGGGCCGGGCCCAGUGCCCAGCCUGGCUGCCCUCCCUGGCUCCCUAAGACAGCUGGGCCGGCCCCGCCCCCAUCCCCUCUGCCUGCCUCUGAUCCGCGGUGUCCCCGGGUUGCCAGCAGAGGUGCAGUGGCGGCGGCAUGGGGGGAGGCCGGCAAAGCAGGUCCGGGGCGGCGGUCGCCCCCUACUAGGCCGCGUGGAGGGGGCGACCCCGCCCGAUGGGCUUGGCCAGAGCCUUACGCCGCUUGAGCGGCGCCCCGGAGUCCGCAGAGGGCCGGGCAGGCGACGAGGAGGCGGCGGGGCCGGGGCUGUGCGGCAACGGGUGGGCUCCGAGCCCGGGGGCGGCCGCGGGGCGGCGGCGCGGGCGCUUCGUCAAGAAGGACGGCCACUGCAACGUGCGCUUCGUCAACCUGGGCGGCCAGGGCGCGCGCUACCUCAGCGACCUGUUCACCACGUGCGUGGACGUGCGCUGGCGCUGGAUGUGCCUGCUCUUCUCCUGCUCCUUCCUGGCCUCCUGGCUGCUCUUCGGCCUGGCCUUCUGGCUCAUCGCGUCGCUGCACGGCGACCUGGCCGCGCCGCCGCCGCCCGCGCCCUGCUUCUCGCAGGUGGCCAGCUUCCUGGCCGCCUUCCUCUUCGCGCUGGAGACGCAGACGUCCAUCGGCUACGGCGUGCGCAGCGUCACCGAGGAGUGCCCGGCCGCCGUGGCCGCCGUGGUGCUGCAGUGCAUCGCCGGCUGCGUGCUGGACGCCUUCGUCGUGGGCGCCGUCAUGGCCAAGAUGGCCAAGCCCAAGAAGCGCAACGAGACGCUGGUGUUCAGCGAGAACGCCGUGGUGGCGCUACGCGACCGCCGCCUCUGCCUCAUGUGGCGCGUGGGCAACCUGCGGCGCAGCCACCUGGUGGAGGCCCACGUGCGGGCCCAGCUGCUACAGCCUCGGGUGACCCCAGAGGGCGAGUACAUUCCCCUGGACCACCGGGACGUGGAUGUGGGCUUUGACGGGGGCACCGAUCGCAUCUUCCUCGUGUCGCCUAUCACCAUUGUGCACGAGAUCGACGCAGACAGUCCGCUCUAUGAACUGGGUCGCGCAGAGCUGGCCCGGGCUGAUUUCGAGCUGGUGGUGAUUCUGGAGGGGAUGGUGGAGGCCACAGCCAUGACCACCCAGUGUCGCUCCUCCUACCUCCCAGGCGAGCUGCUAUGGGGCCACCGCUUUGAGCCAGUCCUGUUCCAGCGUGGCUCCCAAUACGAAAUUGACUACCGGCACUUCCAUCGCACAUACGAGGUCCCAGGAACACCAGUGUGCAGCGCCAAAGAGCUGGAUGAACGGGCAGAGCAGGCAUCUCCAAGCCCCAAGUCCAGCUUUCCAGGCUCAUUGGCUGCAUUUUGUUAUGAGAAUGAACUUGCUCUGAGCUGCUGCCAGGAGGAAGAGGAGGAUGAGGAGGAUGAGGAGGGUGGGACGGAGGCAGAAGACACAGCCACUAGCCCCCGAAUGCUCACACCCACCCUUGCACUCAGCCUACCUCCAUGACAUGAGCUCCUUCCUCCUCCCCCAUAAGGUCCACCUUCCCAGAGACUGCAAGCUGGAGGGAUGGGAGUGCUUUCUGGGGCCAGGCUAGGUACUACCACACACAGACAAAACAAUGGUGGAGUCCAUUUCAGCACAUGAGGUUCUGCCAUGCCUAGGAAAAUCGCCAGAGACAUACUGAACCUUAAUUUCUCUGCAUUCUGUGUUCCCUCCUGAGAACUCUCCUCCCCCUGACAUAACUU